AUGGCUAAUGUCCAAUACUAUUUCCUCUGCUUCCUUCUCUGUUUAGUCUCCACCUUCCUGCUCAAAUCCUUUCUGGGCAAGCCCACCAAGUCACAUCUCAGCCUCCCUCCCAGCCCGCUAGCCCUCCCACUCAUCGGUCACCUCCACCUCCUCGCAUCAUACCUCCCAGUAUCCUUGCAUAACCUCUCCACCCAGUACGACCCUCUCUUCUACCUUCGCCUUGGUGCUUCUCAGCGCAUUGUUGUUUCAUCGGUCUCUGUGGCAACCGAAAUAUUCAAAACCCAAGAUCUUACUUUCUCGAAUCAUCCGGAACUAGGUUUCACCGAUGAAAUGCCAUAUGCAAAGUACGGGUUUUUCAGCGCCCCGUAUGAUGAUUAUUGGCGAUUCGUCAAGAAGCUGUGCAUGACCGAACUGCUCUCAUCCAGACAGUUUGAACGCUCACGGGGUGUACGAGAAGAAGAACUUAUCUGGUUUUUGCGUAGUGUUCUCGAGUGUGUUGAGAAGAAAGAGGCUAUCGACGUAGGUGCUGAGCUAAUGAAGUUUUCAAAUAACACUCUAUGCAGGAUGGCUAUGAGCACAAGGUGUUCGGAGAAAGGUGAUGAAGCUGAGGGGAUUAGGGAGUUGGUGAAAGACAUAUUUGAUGUGGGUUCAAAGAUGUAUCUUGGGGAUGUGUUGGGACCCCUAAGAAAAUUGGCUUCCUGGCUUUAUAGAAAGAAGGCCAUAGAUGUGUUCGUGAGGUUUGACAGGCUUUUGGAAAGGAUGUUGAAGGACCAUGAAGAUGAGGGUAAGAAGGGAGAGCAUGAAGAUUUAAUGGAUAUUUUAUUGAAGGUGGAUGUGGAGAAGGUCGUUUCUCUUGUGGAGGACGUGGUCGUGAUGCUCACCAUAAUCGAGAUUGCAACCACCAAAUCCGGUGUUAGAUCUGCCGUGGAGAAGGUCACUAUGCCUCAUCAUGUCAAGAUCGUUAUACUUGGCCUUUCAAUGCUGCUAACUUGGUCGAGGCCUUCACCUCUUGUUCUCUUAAUGAUGGACAAGAUUCUAAUUGGUAUACGGACAGUGGCGCUACUGCUCAUAUGA